AUGAAGCGCCAUGGCGCUGGCGUCAGCCUCCGGGACAGCGCCCCCCUGUCGGUCAGUGAGCUGGCGCGCUGGAGGCCCCCGGCUGGUCCAGGGAUUCCCGUGGGCCCUACCCGCGUGCUGGCUGCUCUGGACGUCUGGCACUUCGCUGGGCUGGCUGGGGCUGGGGCUGGGGAACGUGGGUUGUGUCGGAUAGUCCGAUAUCGAUAUAGCGGGCUCGCAAGUAUCCGGCUCGUCUGGUCUUCUGGGCGCGUCAUGUUCAUCUGCCCUCUGGCGAUUGGCCCAUGGUGCGCCCGGACAUUUCCGCUCGCCCUGUCCUGCCCGUCGUGUCGUGUCUUGCAUGUCCCGACCUGCUGGAGCCGUCCCCUCCGAGAGCCCGGUGCGCCGCCCCGCUACAGCGAUGGGCCUCGUCCAGAUGACGCACUUUUUUUCUCGGCCUUGAUGCAGCAAAGGCGACAAUCACAUGCCAAAUGUCUGCGCUCGCGCUCCGCUCUCCUCGUACGCACCGCCGCCGCCGCUGCGGUCCCCGCUGUUUCCCCAGAGCGGUGCACAUUCCGGCCUGUUCCGCAUCCUUUCUUCACGCGUCCGUCCCCGCCGGAGUGGAUGAGUGAGUGGGCAGCGCUCGGGCGGGCUGCCACGAGUUGCACGGGGCCCGGGCCCGAAUGCUCGCGCCACCCAGGGAUUCCUGCUUACCUUGGGAUAGUUGGGACAUUUGAGGAGAGCCGGCCUGCUCGUCUGGAAGCAGGAUCUCGCUGCUUUGGUCCCGAUGCAGGAGGAUCGUCAGGAUGGGACGAGGUACGGAGGAGUAGCGGGCAUUGUUGGGUCAGUGGCGACGGCAUGGCUGGCCGGUUGGCUGGACGCCUGGCGUGGAGAGAGAGGAUGGAUGGGGAGGAUGGCAUGGUCAUUCCAGCCUGCAUGAAGCCGGUCCCAAGUCGCGUGGUUUGGGAACUGGUCUGCGUUCUGCAGUCCGGCGAGUGA